AGCUCAUCCUUUCUAAUCCUCUACUUGACAUGAGAAAGGAGGGGCAUUAACUGGACUGGCCUCUCCAUUCCCGAGAGCAGACUCAGCACCAUUGGACUGCACUCGACCGGACCCUCUGCAAUGUCUCAGAAGGGGAACGGGAAGGCUGGCCCAGACAAAAAGGAGAAAGCAUCAGUGAAGAAAAAGGACAAGGAGACGGCAGCACAGGCAGACAAGAAGGAGAAAAGCAGCUCUGGUCCUAAAGAUCCCCUCCCACCUGACGUCACACCCCUCAAGCCAGCAUUGAGGAGGAACGGCAGCAGCUCUCCCGAAGGCACCGGAGGACAGCAGUGUUCACCGACUCCUGAGGGUAAUCCCGCCGAGUCAGGGGGUAGACGACUACGCAAAAGCUCAUCCACAGAGAGCCACCAGAGUCGAAGCUCAAGAGGCCGAACUGCCAAGCAGGACAGCGAUCUAUCUUUGACCACCAAGAUGUACUCACCGAUUCUCAAUAACCUCUUUGGACAGGAACGUGAACUGGUCCCGGAAGAGCUGGAUGAGCUGCACAUUGCAUUUAUGGAGUUUGACACGGACCAGGAUGGCUACAUCAGCUACAAGGACCUUGGAGGAUGCAUGCGCACUAUGGGCUACAUGCCCACGGAGAUGGAGCUGAUUGAGAUAUCGCAGCAAAUUAAAAUGAGGUUGGGAGGCCGAGUUGACUUUGAUGACUUUGUUGAGUUGAUGGGUCCUCGCAUGCUGGCAGAGACAGCUCACAUGGUGGGAGUGCGGGAGCUGAAGUAUGCUUUCCGAGAGUUUGAUGUUGACAAUGAUGGGCAGAUCAGCAUAGCAGAGCUGCGGGAAGCUGCGAAACACCUGCUAGGUGAGCAGCUGAGUGGGAAGGAGGUGGAUGAGAUCCUGCAGGACAUUGACCUGAAUGGAGAUGGAUAUGUGGACUUUGAUGAGUUUGUCAUGAUGUUGUCCACUCAGUAACAGUUUCUUCACAUUGGUGUCCCCUUUCUGGACUGUUGUUUGCCGAUGGGAACAAACUGCUUCACAAUUACCUGGAGAGACCAUCCCGCUCACUAAUGCCCCUCAGUCCACCAUAAAAAGCAGCAAGGUGACAGGUGGAUUUCGUCCCCAAACUCCACGCCGUUCAUAGCCUUCCACUAUCAUUCAGAAUGCUUUGUCUUUGUUAAAUAUGUGAACCAUGUCUCCAAAUCUUUAUACACUCCUGAUAACAGAGAAAUAUCAUGACUGACCAAC